AUGGAUCAUCCCCAACGCCCAGUAACGCCACCGACAAGACCAGUUGAUAACUCGUUUUCGACGUACUCACCGAUAACACGCCAUGCACCUAAAUAUUGGGGCCACCCAGACGCUUGGGGCUAUUGCUGUCACUGUUCUUGCUUCUCACGGGCGCUUAGCGAAAAGUAUGCGGAUGGAGAUGCUUACCGUAAGGCAUACGAAAAGCAUUGGACCGAAACAAUAGACAAAUGCAACGAUGGACCAAAGGAGUUAUUCACACUCUUCCCAAAACUUCCCGAUGAACUCCAGUUUCGAAUCAUCGAAUUCGCACUUCCUAGAGGUCAAACUAUCCAGCCAAUGCCGAAAUGGAUCGAAGGGGAAAAUCCCUUUGACUUACCCUUCCAUCUAUACAUAGUUCCUCGCAGAUCCAAUGCCGAAGACCAUAUGUUCGAAAAAACAAAGCCAUUCACGAAUCCAGCCCUUCUCCAGGUAAACAGGAAAAUACGUGCCGAGUUGCAAAAGAAAUUCACGCUUCUCACCUUGAGGGUUGGUGAGGAUAAAAAGAAGUUCCCUGACCACGACGUGGAUUUAAUGGCUUAUUUCGAUUACAAGUGCGACAAUGUAUCGUUCUUGGAAGCCUGCUACUCGCGACAACUUGUAGAUUGCGGACCUACAGCGGCCGAAACACCAUUGACGGAAUUCGAAAAGCACGUUCAGCAUAUCACUAUUCGCCGUCAGGUGUGUAUAGCUAUGCGGGAAUGGAAUUUAGACACGCUUCUUUCAAGGUGUCAAUCUCUCAGGACAAUCACAUUUCCCCGCUCCAGAGACACACACUGCUUAAGACAUCAACAUAUCCAAUGUUUGAGUUUUUGCAUAGGUCGGGGCCACAAGGAAGGAGAAAGAGGAGAAUUGCAGUUACGGAAGUCUUUUGAGCUGUCUGGUAGUACUGUACCGCAAAUUAUUGACCUCGAUGACGAUCUUCUGCCUGGGAAAGAACGCGCGAUGUUCAGUUGCGAUGAUGCCGAGUGCUCGUAUUGUAGGAGAAACAUCGUUCGAUAG